AUGGGUGGUGUGACUUCUUCAAUGGCGGCGAAAUUGGCGUUUUUUCCGCCGAAUCCGCCGUCUUACAAGCUGGUCAGAGACGACACGACGGAGCUUCUGCUCAUGGACCCUUUUCCCCAUCGGGAAAAUGUCGACAUUUUGCGGCUGCCCACGCGCCGAGGCACCGAAAUCGUCGCCAUGUACAUCAGGUACCCUAUGGCCGUCACGACUCUUCUGUAUUCGCACGGAAAUGCUGCUGAUAUCGGUCAGAUGUAUGAGCUCUUCAUCGAGCUUAGUAUUCACCUCCGCGUCAAUUUGAUGGGGUAUGACUAUUCAGGGUAUGGCCAAUCAUCAGGGAAGCCCAGCGAACAAAAUACAUAUGCUGAUAUCGAAGCUGCUUACAAAUGUCUGGAAGAGAAUUAUGGAGCAAAGCAGGAGAACAUUAUCCUCUAUGGUCAAUCUGUUGGUAGUGGUCCAACCAUCGAUCUAGCUGCACGUUUGCCUCGACUAAGAGCUUCCAUUCUUCACAGUCCGAUUCUUUCUGGUCUUAGAGUUAUGUAUCCGGUUAAGCGAACUUAUUGGUUUGACAUAUACAAGAACAUUGAUAAGAUUCCGCUGGUGAGGUGUCCGGUCCUCGUGGUUCAUGGAACAGCGGAUGAUGUGGUUGACUUCUCGCAUGGGAAGCAGCUCUGGGAGCUCUGCCAAGAGAAAUACGAACCGUUAUGGCUCAAAGGAGGAAACCAUUGCGAUCUUGAACUCUUUCCCGAGUACAUUGGCCAUCUCAAGAAAUUCGUGUGCGCUGUAGAGAAAUCCGCAUCGAAACGAAACAGUUCUUUCUCAAGAAGAAGCAUGGAAGGGUGUGAACAACCUCCUCGGCAUAGUGUAGACGCCCCGAGGAAGAGCAAGGACGGACGAGAGAAGCCGAGGAAGAGCGUAGACAGGCUGAGGUUUCAAGGGUACAGGUUGAUGAGCCACAUAGAGAGACCUGAGAAGCUCAAGGUUCCGUUUGAGGAAAUGGAGAGGUCGAGGAGGAGUGUGGACAUAUACAGAGAUAAGUCUCAGCCGAUGGAGAGAGCACGUAAGAGCGUUGAUUGGUUGGACAGAAGUCGAGCUACUGAAUGA